AUGCGCGCGGCCCGGAUCAUACGUCAAGUCUCCAAUGAGGCCAAGAAGGCGGCCACCCAGGAGCGUCCUACGGCUGCAGACCCCUUCUUAUAUCACACCAAACCACCAACAGCGUUUUGGGAGAAGUUCAGAAAAAUGAUGGCCAUCAACCCGGAAUCUUCAUCAUCAGGAAUGCAACUAAACGAGGUCUUCCGAUCACCCCCACCUGCGUCUGUCAAGACGGUCCAAGUAACGCCGGCCUCAAAGGCUUCGGAUCCUGCUGAGAACCCGUACCAUGAGCGCGACUUCCGUCGAAUGUAUCCUCGAUUGGAAAUGGUCACCCAGACCGACCUUGCCAGCUUAUUAAUUGCGGCACCUGAACAAAUGCAGUUACCCUCACCAUCCUCAUCCCCCUCCGUUACUUCGGUCACUUCCGGGUCAAAUGAUAGCGCCUCGUUGGCAUCCUUGUACCUCUCUUCGGCUGCUUCCCCAGAUUCGCCAUCCACUUUUGUUCCCCCUACACCUCCAGGCAAAGCUCAUCGCUACAGCCUUAGUGAACAGCCCCCUCACAACAAGGAUGCCCAUUUCCCCAUGGUGACUUAUCGUUAG